AUGGCCAGAAGGGGUUUAUAAUUCAGUGCGUACUACAAAGGAAUGGAAAAUGAUUGAGUGCAUGUUUUGAUCAAUUGGGUUUGGCGAAGAACGGAAAUACGCGUACGUCUUUGGCGUUUAGCAGCUGAAGGGCGAAGGGAAGGAGAUGCGCGCGACGCGCAUAGCCAUUUUGUCACAAUAUUAACCUUUUGUUGUGUUCCAGUGAAAAAAUGUCGAAGAAAUUGUUGUUAGUGGCGAUAUAAACUCGAUAAUUGCUGUGUAAAGUGUGUGCGAACGAUCGUGUAAGCGUGCAGCGGGCGUUAAGCGAAGUUUGAAGCGAUGGACCGCUUUAGUAGAACGAAUUUAUGGUGCCGCCGGAUCUAGUUUUCUAAAAAUUACGUCAUUGUCGAUUUACACUCGAUAAAUCGCCUUCGGAAUGUGCGAGCCGGAAGAGGUGUCCCAGGAAGUCUGGUCGCAGUGGUUUCUGGACGCGAUCAGAAAGAUCCGGUCGCAAAAGCAGCGACCGAGCGUCGAGAGGAUCUGCCACGCGAUCCGCCAGCAUCACAACUACCACGAGGACGUGGUGGCCGAGCACCUGGAGGCGGCAGUGAAGGCGGGCGCCGUCCUAAAGGUCUUCAACAAGGGGCAGAGCUCCUACAAGGACCCGGGCGGGCUGCAGAGCCGCACGCUCAACAUAAACAAGGGCGCGGAUCUGUGCAAGGUCGUGACCAAGGCCGUGAGGGAGCUGGGCGAGCGCGAGGGCUCCACGGUCAAGUCCAUCGAAAAGUACAUCAGGCAGUCGCACACGAUCGUAGAGAGCCCUGAGCACGACCUCAAAAACGCCAUCAAACUGUCGGCCAAAAGAGCUGUGGCGAGGAAUUUUAUCAUAACGGAUGGAAAGAGUUUCAAGUACAACUACAACCAGCAAAGUCCGAGCGUCAAGAGGCCCAAGGAUGCGAACAAAAAGUCCGACCAAGAAAACACCACCAAGCAACCCGCCUCGUUACCCAUCUGUUCAGAGUGCCUAGGAACCGAAUCCAAUAACGGAAAAGGCGUUUCGGAAAAGUUGAGCGCGUGCUCAGAAUGCGGUUCCUUCGUGCACUUGAGUUGCACUCAAGCGGGUCCAGAACUGGCUGGUUUGCUGGCCAAAGGCGGUAAAUGGUUCUGCGAGGACUGCAAAAUAUGCGACGGAUGCGGUAAUUCUGGCGUUUCGACGUGUCUGUUAUGUUGUUGCGGUUGCGAUAGAAAUUAUCAUAUGGGUUGUUUGGACCCUCCGGCAGAAAAGAAACCGAAAUGUCCUUGGAGGUGUAAACAUUGCCUUACCCAUCACGAAAAUAUUAAAAAGAAAGCUGGUGGUGAUACCACUCCAACAGUGAAGAAGAAAAUCGAAAAAGUCAGGGAGAAAAUCAAGGAAAAAUCUGUAAACUCGCCCAGCGGCCCAACCGUGGAAGAAGUGGAGGAGGAAAUCGCAGAGGAGGAGAAGGUCCGGGACACGCCCGGCGAGGAGUCUCCCAAAUCGGCGGUGCGCCGGUCUCGACUGGCGAGCGACGGCAGCGACGGCGCUGCGGCUGACGGUACGACAUCUAGCGGUAAAAAAUUUCGUAGGGACAAGUCGCCGGAGGCUAGCGAAGACCUGCGGAUCGACACGAACGACAAGAUGUCGAAGGAGAAGCAGAAGUUUUUCAGGUCGUCGGCCUUCAACGCCGACAAGAAGAAAGUCGUCGGCAAAAAGGGCACCAAGAGCGCUAAAGUAGUCAACAGUGGGGCCAAGAAGGACGUGACGGUGCCUGGGAGGGUUAAGAACGGUAACAAUAAGGUGGAGGUGAAGAAAGAGGUUAACGCGCCCAAACCUGCAGUGAAAAAGAAAGCGUCGCCGAAGGAGAUAAAACUGUCGGAAUCCAGCUCUUCGGAUUCCGAGGAAGGCUCCACAAGCUCAGACGAAGACGAAGAAACUUCAAAUGAGUCGGAUUCAACCUCAACCUCGUCCACUGCAAGCAGCGAAUCGGAAAACGCUCAAAAACCGACGGUUGCCAAGAAAGAGGAAACUUUCGGCAGCAUAAGCGGCAUAACCCCCGAUAAAGACGCCCCCUGGGGGUUUGCAGCCGAAGCCCAAAAAACCAACGAAAAAAUCGCGUUUGCGGUAAGCAAAGACGACAAAAACGUCAACAACAACUCCGACGACGAUAAAGACAAACACUCCAGAGUCGGCAUAGGGCAGCUCAAAGGGCUCUUCGAUGGAUUAUCGCACCUCUUCUCGCCGCCCACCUCGAACAGAGCCUCCAGGGCUACACCUCCGAACUACAACCCCAACAGAAGGAAGCCCAGAGACAGUUCCAAAGAGGACGACGUCGAAACUCCAAUAGCGGAGAAAAAAGUCGUUAACGUCGACAAAAAGACGCCCAACGUCGAUAAGAAGGUGCCAGUUGUUGAGGAAAAAGCCCCAAAUGUGGAGAAAAAAGUACCAAGUGCUGAGAAAAAAGUACCAAGUGCUGAGAAAAAGACGCCAACCGUCGAAAAGAAACCACCAAGUGCUGAGAAAAAGACACCAAGUGUGGAGAAAAAAGCACCAAGCGUGGAGAAAAAGCCACCAAGUGCUGAGAAAAAGACACCAAGUGUGGAGAAAAAAGCACCAAGUGUGGAGAAAAAAGCACCAAGUGCUGAGAAAAAGACACCAAGUGUGGAGAAAAAAGCACCAAUUGUGGAGAAAAAAGCACCAAGUGUUGAGAAAAAAGCACCAAGUGCCGAGAAAAAAGCACCAAGUGCGGAGAAAAAAGCACCGAGCGUCGACAAAAAACUCCCCGAGGUAAAAAAGACCUCGACGUCGAUAAAACCGGAAAUCAAGGAGGAAAUAAAAAUGGAAACGGAAGCGUUGAACACGUCGAUGUCGCCUUCGAACCUCGUAAAAAGGGCUGCCAACUCGAAGCAGCACGAGCCGAAAAAAAUGGUGAAAAAGGACGAUUCCGUUCAGGCGGACGUCGUUGCCAAAUCGACUCCUCCGCCGACUGUCAAAAAGCAGCAGCUGCAGCAGCAACAACAAGGCAGAAGCGCUGGCGCCGCCGCCGCAAUGUUGCCGCCUCCUCCUCCUCCACAGCCGUUUGCCAACAGUCAGACGGAUUUCGACAUGAAGCCCACGCAGCUGCCUCCAGGGGUGACCAACAAAGACGUCGAGCUGUUCAGGGAGGCGCGCGAGAAGGCGGCUGCCGCCACCGCCGCCCUGGCCGCCCCCGACGCCGCCGCCAACCCCGUUUUAACGUCGCCGUCGCACGCGAUGGCGGCGCAGGGCCGCUGCCCGGCCGCCAUCGACUUCGGCAAGUACGAAAUCCAGACGUGGUACUCGAGCCCGUUCCCGCAGGAGUACGCGCGGCUGCCCAAGCUGUUCCUGUGCGAGUUCUGCUUGAAGUACACCAAGAGCAAGGCCGUGCUGGAGCGGCACCAGGACAAGUGCACCUGGAGGCACCCACCCGCCACCGAAAUAUACCGGUGCGAGGAUAUAUCGGUGUUCGAAGUCGACGGCAACGUCAACAAGAUAUACUGUCAGAAUUUGUGCCUGCUGGCGAAACUCUUUCUGGACCACAAAACCCUCUACUACGACGUGGAGCCGUUUUUGUUCUACGUGCUGACGAAAAACGACAAGAAAGGUUGCCAUUUGGUGGGCUACUUCUCCAAAGAAAAGCAUUGUCAGCAGAAAUACAACGUGUCCUGUAUCAUGACGAUGCCGCAGUACCAAAGACAAGGUUUUGGACGGUUCUUGAUCGAAUUCAGUUAUCUCCUAUCUAAAGAAGAAGGCCAACCGGGUACCCCGGAAAAACCCUUAUCCGACCUGGGCAAAGUCUCGUACUACGCCUAUUGGAAAUCGGUCGUUCUGGAAUACUUCCACAAACACAAAACCGAAAACAUCAAGCUAACAAACAUCAGCAAAGAAACGGGGAUGUACUGCCACGACAUAGCCUUGGCCCUUCAACUCCUCGGCUUCAUCAAGUACAUACCCACGGACAGUUCCAUGAAGCCCGUGCUCAUCGUGAACUGGGAGAAGGUCAACGCGCACGCGGAGAGAGUGGCGAAAUCCAAGACCAGGAUCCUGAUAGACCACGAGUGUCUUCGGUGGACGCCACUGUUAACCCCCACGGUUAAUCCCUUUAGAGAGCCCGAAGACAUUGACAAGGAUGGCGGUAUUACCGCGGAUAUAGUGGUACCGAUGCCCGAGAAGAUUAUACUCGAAAGUACGCCGGGCGUUAAGUUGAAACGCGGGAAAAAACGCAGGAUUUCCACGGCGCCUCCGCGAAUCCCCAAAACCCCCAAGAGCGAGGUUAAGAACGUCAGCGUGGAGGAAGAAGUCGAAAUAACUUCGUCGGGGCGCAAGCGGACGCGGCCCGUUAAGUACAACGAAACCACGUUCGCCGACGUCAAAAACAAGACCCCCAACGCUCAAGAAAACAACCUCAAACGCAAGCAACCCGACGAGAAGGAACCCGAGGUGGAUAAAAAGAAGCCGAAGCUCGAAUCUCCAGUGGUGGAACUUAAAACGCCAAAGAGGAGUGCCGUUAAAAACGUGGAAACCCCCGAGUCGAGACCGAAACGCGGCAGCCAAGCCAAGGAGAAGGUCGUGGGUGAAAGAUGGUCGCAAAGAAGAGCCAAAAAGCAACUGGAACUGGAGGAAUCAAAGAAAAAAGAAGAAGAAAAGGUUGUGGAGGUUACGGAGGAAGAAAAACUUACGCCGGUGGCAGUGAAAUCCGAACCGAAAGAGGUGAAAAAAGUUGUUGUUGAAGUUCCAACUACGCCUGAGGUUGCGAAGAAGACCAUCGAAGCAACCCCGGUGAAGAAGAAAACGCCGAAAUCCUCCCGCAAAAAGCGCGGUUGGGGUAAAGCGAAGUCGCGCAAGGCACCGCAAGUGGCCACCAAACAAUUGACUCUUCCAGAGUUGAUGAAAAACAAACUCCAACCUAAGGAUAGCGAAAGCGACUCCAUAAUCUCCGAAAAAUCCGAAGACGAGACCAAGAUCAAGCAAAAAACACCAGAGAAGCUCCCAAGACCGAAAUCCACGAAGGAAAAGUCCAAGAAACCGUCAAGAAUCUCGACUGAGGAAGACUCGAGCGCCGAAGCCGACGACGAAAUGGAAAACGACGAACUGACUCCCAAAGAUUCCACCCCGACCAAGUACAAGUUUAGCAAAACCACCAACACUCCUCCCAAGGAGAAAACCGAGCCCAAAUUGAGCCCUCUGAAGGCUCAAAACGAGAAAACAACCGAAGAACCCAGCACCAACGAAAAACCAACAUCGCCGGUGGAUUCGACGACAUCCGAAUCCGAGACGGAGAUCGACGGACAAAAAAUCAAAACCAUAUCGCACAAAGAAAUAAUGAAGAUAUCUCAGCAAGCUCCGAUGAAGUUCGAGGAUAAAAUAUCGCCCCCGAAAGUAUCGAGCCCGGUUAAAGUGGAGGAGAAUAUCGCACCCAAAGAAAAAGAGGUCGAAACCAAGGAAACUCCGAUGGAGACCGAUAACACUUCGAUGGAUAUGGAGAUUGAGAAAAUGGAUGAUGAUCCCAUCGAACAAACGCAACAAAAGAUCAUCCAGGUUGAAGAAAAAUUCCCCGAAACGGUUAAACCUGAGGAAAAACCAAAAGUUGAGCCACCCACUCCUGUCGUGCAAGCUGCUGUAUCUCAAGUACAACCAAGUGCCCCUAUUGGAUCACAAAGUCAAACUCUUGCGCCUGUAAGUCAACCAAUAAGUAUAGCACAACCAUGUGCACCAAUGGCCGUAAAUCAAACUAGAGUGCCUGUAAGUCAAUCUAGUGCGCCUAUAAGUAAACCUAGCGUGAACCAGGUUGUUAUCCAGCCGGAAAAACCCAAGGAGGAGGCGGUUAAACCCCAGGAAGUCAAGGAAAAACCUGCCGUAAUCAUGGAACCUCCUCAAAAAGUGGAAGUCGUUCCUCCAAGCGUUGUCGAACCUAAAAUGACCGUUAUUACGCCUAACGUUGUGGACAAACCCGUGGAAAAGCCUGCGGAGAAACCGUUUGUGCCACCGCCGCAAGUUGUAGAGAGGUUGGAGCCGAAAGCUCAACCUCAGCCUCAAAUUCAACCUCAACCUGCCGUUAUAAGUUCCGCACCGUCGGUGGUGAACAACAUAGCCUAUCAUUUGCCGCCGAUGUCUUUUCAAGCUGCUCCGGCUCAGAUGCAUCAUCAAAUCGAGCACGGUAACAACGCGGCGCCUCAGGAGAAAGCGAGGAGCGAAAAACCGAUGCCUCCGAAGCCCAAACCCGCGGAGGCGGAGCAAAAACACGAGGUCAAACACGCGCCGAAAGAAGAACACAGGAAGGAGUCGAAAAAGUACGAGGAGAAGCAACUUUACCAUCAGAAGAUCCCUCAGCAGGAAAAACCGCAGCAAUACGACCCGAAAAAGAUGCACUUGGAGCAGCACGAGCAGCUGCUAGCUUCGGCGAUGGCCUCGCAGAACUACCACAUGGCGCAAGCGCCGUACAACCACCAGUGGUGGAACAGCCAGUUGGCUUGGCAGAAGUACUACGACUCCACCAAGGUGCAAGGCUACGCGAUGCCGCUGCAGUUUCCCCCGAUGGAGAUGCUGCCCAAACAGCAGCUGCCCAGCUGCGAGAAGGAGAAACCCAAGGUGCACAGGCACGAGAGCAAGCAAAGCGCGAAGAGUGCGAAGGAGAAGCCGAGUCCGAGGAAGGAGGAGAAGAGGAAGAACGACUGCCCCGUGCAGCAGAAAGUUUGCCAGGAGAAGGUCGUUAAGACUCAUAAAGAGACCAUGGAAGAUAAUAGUGGUAAAGAUAUGGAACACCAAAUGCAGCAGAACGUUAAGCAACAAAGUGCUGCGAACGAUAACAUACCGUCUAUGGGUGUUUAUACUCCUGACUCGACCACGAAUUCAGUACACAGUCUGCAUUACGGUCAAUGCGACUUGGACGUCGCCCAGUUGGGUCUGGAAUCUCCCGCGAGUAUAUCUAGCGAUAUGGCGUCGCAAAACUCCGUAGAACCGGUUCGUCCGCCCUCUCAGCAGCAACAGCAGCAGCAGCAACAAACCAACUACGACUGCGCCGUGCAACACAACCAAAACCUGCAAAACAUGCAACAAAACGCCUCCGUGCCGGCUAGCAGCCCGAACAUACCCAACAACAUGCAAAUAACGUCGGGCAAACGCCAGAUGCAACAGCAGAGGUCCAGAAGUCAAACUCCUUCAUCGACUAACAACGCCAGCAAACCGCAGGCGCAGCAGAUGAGAUCGACCACGCCCCAGCAACAGCAGCAGGUCCAGCAGAAUCGGCAACAGAGGGCGACACCGCCCAUACAGCAGCACCACAACGUCGUGCAGAGCAAUCAGCAGCAGCAGCAGCAGCAAGUGCAGAACAUGCACCAACAGCAGCAGUUUUUGCACCAGCAGGUCGUGCAUCAAGGUUAUGGUCAUCCUCAGUUGAGCGCUUCUCCGAUGCACCACAACCCCCACCAUCAUCAUUCGGUGAUCAGUCAAGGAAACUACAUCCCGGUCACCGUUAGUACUCAAAUGUUUGCCACUCAGCCCGGUACUAGUACUUAUGUGAACGUACCCAUGCCUACGACGGUGAUACAACAAAGGAUGACCGCUCAACAGAGUUCAGCUCUGAGUACUUUGGGGACCACCCAUCAGAAGUUGGCACCAUCACCUAACUGUGCUGUCACCUCAGGAACAAACUUCUACAUCCAAACCAACCCCCACGUGCACUCUCACACCCCCACCCCCACUCCGACCCCCACUAUACAAGCGAACCCGUCUCAACCCGGUUCGGGCAACUCGAGUUGCAGCUUGGCUAAGCUGCAACAGUUGACGAACGGUUUGGACAUGCACCCUCCGGCAUCCUGCAACACCAUGACCCCUCCCCCGAACACCGCCAUGACUUUGACCCCUCCCCCGCACCACCCGCACAGCACGAUGACCCCUCCCCCCUCCCACCAGAUGAUGCAAACUCAGUCGCGGAACUUGACCCCCCCAACCGCGAUACCCCUGCAACAACAAGUGCUGGGCUACCACCACAAGUACUACCAAUCGGCGGGGAUGAACGUGAACCAACUCGGCGGUUCCGUCACCCCGCCCAGCAUCGGUCAGAACUUGGGGAGGUCUGGGAGGAGCUCCGCCAACCCCGCCAUGCAGCACAUGCAGACGCCGAGCAGCAGGGUCAGCCCGAACGUCACCCUGAACCCCAACGUGAUGUACAACUAUCGAAUGACGCCGCAGCAAACGCCUGGAACCGUGACGGGGUACAUAACCAACCCGGCGGCCGGUUUCAUCAACAACCCGCAACUGCCCAUGCAGAUGAUGAACAUGCAGUCGCAGUACCAAGACCCGGCGGCCAUCCAGAGGGCCGCCCAGCAGAAUACCAUGUACACGUACAGCUACGGCAUCCCGUUGCAGCCGCUGAACGGCACCAUGCGCCGGUAAGGGUUAAAACGCGACAGGUAUUGUCAUAAAAAGGUUAAGAUUAGACGGUCGAACGACGGAAGACUAGAUUAAAGAACCCGGUGACGUAUAAUACCACUAUCUUGAAAAUAGGGCUGUGUUAGCUUUUAAAAUACGAAAAUGUUUUGUUAUUUUACAGUAUAACCACCAUAUACAAAAGGGUGUUUCAUUUAAAUCAACUAUGUUUUGUUUUUCACCGAAACUCCAAAAUAUUGUCCCUCAAAGAUUGAUUCUAAGUACUUCCUUCUUCAUUUUGAGUAUUGUUACACUAGUUUACAGCCAUUUUGCCCACCUUGUCUCUCACUAUGAUUUUUUUCAUGGAAGCGUUUUCAAGAUUUGCAUUUUCAAUUGUUGUUUGAGGUGUUUUGAGUUUUUCGAGAUUUUUUACGUUUUUUCUUCAUUUUUUUGGAUUAUAUAAAAUUUAAUAUUGAACAUAGAAGAAGUUGUUUUUCGUUGCUUUCGUAAUCACCCAUCAUGGCCGCAUCCCAGAAGCCGCGAUACCGCCGCUCCAUAGCCUUCAUUUGCUGGUGAAAACGUUCUCCGCGCUCAUCACUUACGUCGCCCAGAUUGUGCGGGUUAUUUACGCACUCGAACUCUCUACUUCUUUUACUCAUUUUACACUUUUUAUUAACUAAAUAAAACCUUGUUGAAAUAUCAAAACUCAAAAAAUUCCAAUCAAGCACUUUAUUUAGGUUUUCAUUAAAGAAUAAACAUAUUACAAAAUAAAAUAAAAAAAUAAAAUAAAAAUCGUCAAAAAGCUGAAUUUUGGUCUUCCACUAAAAAAUUCAUAACUUCGCCAUUUUUCCAUGUAUUUUUAUCAACAUUAGCUUGUUUUUUUUUGUAAAAAUGUCAGCUUCACGAAAAAAAAUUCAAACUGGAGUUAUCUGUUUGAUUUAAACGUUUCCCAGGACGAUAUGUAAAUUUUCGACCUAUUUUUGCCAUAAAAAGGAAUUUUUUAAGUUAUUCAAAUCGUUAGCGUCAAAAUACUUAUCCGAUAUCAAAAGUAUAAAUUGAAAAAAAACAAUUGAAAAUUCAUAUUUAAAAAACGCUCCCAUAAAAAAAAAAUGAGUAUGAUUUUCGUGUUUAGUGGGUCAAAAUACAUGGGAAAAUUAUAAUGGGAUAUGGUGGACAGAAUUUUUUUUCGAUUUUGUAAACUAGUGUUAUCAAUCACUAUUUUAAAUUUCUAUAUCUUUGCCGGGUUUUAAUCAUAUUGUGGUUCAUUGUUACUUAAAGAGUAUUAAACGCUUUUUAAAAGAGUAUAAGAAUUUUUCAAUUCACCUCAAUUUUGAGAGAAUGGAUUGUGUUGCCAAAACAUUUAAAAAAAAAGUUAUAGAAAAUUUAAUUCUCUACAAAAAUAUUCUUAUGUUUAUAUUGCUAAAGUGCACAGUUUACAAGAUAUUUAAUAGUCAUGGAAUCGAAUUUAAAACAAAUUAAUUUCAAUUAAACACAAUGUUUUUUUUUAAUUUAAUUAAACUGCUCAUAUAUUGUAUAUAAAUGAUUUUGAAAAAUUUAAAAAACAUGAUUGAAAACACAAAUGGGAAAAAUUCAAAAUGAAAAAGGAAGUACUUAAAAUCAAAUUAAGGGCUCAAACUUUAAAGGAUUUUUUUUCAAUGUUUUGAACAAUAUUUUGGAUUUUUGGUGAAAAAAAAAUAAAACACCCUAAUAUACAGUCCCAGUAAAUUUUAUUAGAUUAGCCUUGAAUUUUAGCAGUUAAAAGAAUUGGAAAAAAUAAUAAGUUUUCAAAGCAACGUUGGUCGAAAAAUCUUUUUAAUUGACAAAAUUUGAGGCGAGUUUAAUAAAGUGAACAGGGGCUGUAAUAAUGGGUUUGUUUCUAAAGAGUCCCGAGCUGUCUAAAACGGUCAUACGCAUGCGCAGUAGAAUUCUUUCAGGGACAAACCUAGUUUUAGCUUGUGACUUUCUUAUUGUUGUCUGUUCUUGACUUAUGAAUGAUAUUUUAUAAAUUUGUAAUAUUAACGGUAAGAUUUAUUAAUUUGUCCUUAGAUUAUAACGUACAUAAGUUUUUAAGUAACGUACCUUACACAAAAGUAUUUAUUUAUUUGUAAUAAUUGUAAAAUAUUGUAUAAUAUGUGGAUAUUAUUAUAUUGAAAAAACAGGGAUUCGGUUGAUAUAUUAAUUUAAAGUUAUGUUUGAUGAUUUGUUAAAGUCACCGACCAAAAAACGAUUUAAAUAUUUCAUGAGACAUUCUAGUCCCCUCAUUUUUUGGUUGGUGUGUUAUCGAUUUUAAAAGCCAUAGAUAAACAAAAAAUCUUUAAUCAAAAUUUAGCCCAUAAGUGUUUGGUGUUUUGUCACAUGUUUCUUUUUUUUCGCUGUACAGCACUGUGAUUAGUUAGAACAUAACCAAUUUAAUUGUAAUUUUUUGCUGUAUAUUUUAAAUUUGUAUUAUUAUUAUUAUACAUAAUUAAUUAAAAAAUGUUAGUUUUUAAUAAUCAGAGUUUUAUUUCAUAAAGGGUGAAUAAAUAACACAAAAUAUAACAACCAAUAUUUUAUUUAAUUCGAGGUUUGUACUGUUUAUUUGGUAACAAAAUAUAAAAACUAACAUUGCAUCAUAUAGAGCGUAAGUUUUUCAGUAUACACUGAAAAUUUUGUCGAAAUCGAUAAAAAAAUGACGAAGUUAUAGUGAUUUUAUUUAUCAAGGCCACAACUGUCAAAUUUUGACAGUUAUGACCUUGAUAUCUAAAAAGUGCUAUAACUUCGUUAUUUUCUAACCGAUUUCGACAAAAUUUUCAUGGUAUACCAAUAAAAAUACACUUUACCCAAUACAAUAAUAAGAAUUCCAUAACUUUGUUUGUUAAAUAUACAUAUGUGCAAUAUAUAUAAAAUUAGUAAGUACACUAUGAAAAAUUAUAUUUAGGCUGCAGCAUUGCAAUAAUUAAUGCAAAGUGGUGCAAAAUUAUAAAAAUAAUUCAAGGCCGCCUUACCGAAUAUUUAUUUACUAACAUCAGAUCAAUAAAAUAAAAAUUUUUAAGGUGUGAAACUCGCUUUUCCCGAAAAAGUGCAACCGCUGCGUUGCAAGAUUUCCGUCGCGGCCCAGAUGCCGCAUUUUAUGCAAAUUUCAAGGUCUUGCCCUUGGAUGUACUGGGACAGAAAACCGCCGGCAAAAGCGUCGCCGGCACUGUUUGUGUCCACAAUUUUGUCUUUUUCCAAGACAGUCACGGGAAAUUCC